AUGGACGGUUGUUCGAAACAUAAUAGAGAAUUCGAAUUCAUUUGCUUUGAUUGCAAUGUUUUGUUAUGUUCUGAAUGUGUACCACGACAUAGACAUCAUCUAUUCGAUCAUCAACCUGCCAUCAUUUCUGAUAUUCAGUUAACGAUUAAAACAACGUUCGAUUCACUAAAGUCAGCAGUCAUAGAAUAUCAACAAAAUCGACAAACAGAAGAUGAGAUAUCAAAUAGAUUCAAAGAGUUGCAUGAAUUCCUUGUUUUAGAAGAACACAAACUAAAGAAACCGAUCAUCGACAACAAAGAACAAUUGGAACAACAAAUCGAAAGUCAAACAACAAUCAUGAGAUCAUUGAAUUUAAUGAAUCAUCAAUUAAACAAGAUUAUUUCUGAUAGUUUUCAACCGAAUCCACAAUCAAAAGCAACAACAACAUCAUAUUCUUCUUCCAUAUCAUCUUUGGAUACAACCGAUAGUUAUCAAACAUCAACAAUAAUAACAUCAAUAUCAAAAUGCUUAAAUCAUGAUGAAUUCAUUCAAAACAAUAAUACAUUGUUUAAUUUGAAUUAUGAUCAUCGUUACUCCAACACAAAGAAUGAUGACCAUAUAUUGUUAAAUCUUUUACUUGAACACAACAAUACAUUGCGAUCGUACAAUCACUUCAAUGUAAAACACAAUCAACUACAACAAUACAGACUGAACACCAAUUAUGAACAACUUAAUCAAAUUAAGAAUCAACUUCAGUCUACAUUCAAACUUGUAUCACAACCAAAGAAGCAGUCAAACAAAAAACCAUAUAUUUUAUCAACAGCCAAUAGUAAAAUAUCAGUUAUCGAUAUAACCGAUCAAAAUAAUAUUCGUUUCACACAACAAGACAUUACCACUAUCUAUACCAAUUUUAAUUAUUACUCUUGUGUUAUUGUUGGUAACCAUUUCUAUAAUUUCGGAGGUGGAAUGAAAGUCAAAACAUAUUUUAGAUAUUCAAUCGACAACCAAACAUUUGAAGAAAUCGAAAUGAAAGGUAUUAAGGAAUGUGGUUUUGUGUCGGUUUGCUAUGAUGAUAAAAAUCAUAUCUAUUUGAUGGAUGGUUUCAACAGACCUAAACUACUGAUCUACAGAUUCAACAUCAUCAAUUCAACAUUUGAAGAAUAUUCAACUGCCAAAAUAUCAAGUUCAACAUAUCAUCAUUUUACAUUCCAUUUCAACAACUGCAUUUACAGCUAUAUACCAUUUGAUCAGAAGAUUCUUAAAUUCGAUAUAAAAAUCAAGGCAACAUUUGAAAUAUCAAUUAAACUACCCCGUUCCCGAGAAAGAGCAGCAUGUACCGAUGGCAGAGGCAAUAUGUUUGUUUUAUCAGAUACCGGAUUUCAUCAGAUAAAUAUCGAAACCAAUGAAAUUAAACAAUUAGAUAGAUCGACAUAUAACCUUACACUCAUUUAUCAUUUAUUUAAUAAACUCAACUCGAAAAUAUUGGUUGUAAUUCGUAUUAAAUCUUUAUAUUUGCUAUUUGUUGAUUCAACAAAUUGUCUCAAAUUAUUAAAUCAACAAAUUGCAGGUAUUUAUAUUAAACUUCUACAGCAAAAAUCUGAGAAACAGGACAGAGGUAUCAAUAGUAUCAGACAGAUAGAAAAAGUAAAAAUUGAUUUAUUAAGUUUUAUAUUGGGAUGGUGUAAACCAUCAAUUGGCUUUACACACUCUCUAAGCUCACCUACAAUAGGCACGUCGAUAGAUUUACCGAUGAGGAAGUCAAGAAACUCGAUAACAUACUGUCUUGGUACCUGUGGUCGUCCAACUCAAAUCCGUUCAUCGAUUCCAAGAAGUAUAAAAACACAAUGA